AUGGCAACUGGUGGUGAAUCACAAGCUCAUCGCAGUCGAGUUUCAGAUGUUAACCAAGAGCCACUUAAAAUGCUCUUGCCCAUUCGUGGAUACGAUCGUGUGCCGUUAGUCACACUUGAGAAGGCCGUCGAACCACUUGUAUCAUUGUUACCUGAUAUUCAAGAUUAUGUCUACGUCGCUAAACAACGAUGUGACGAAGAGCCCGCUGAUGGUCUUAGCCAAGAUGAAUCAGCAGCUAUCAUGCUCUACUCAAUGGAAUGGACACCUCGAGAUAAAUGUCUCUACUACGUUCUCAAUAUUAUACUACGAUCCGAAGAUAGACGUAAACUAGAAUCAUGGUUUCUCUACUUAAAACUUUUUCUAAGUGGACUCACUCGACUUCCAACAAUUCGACGCUUUGUGUAUCGAGGCGUCAAACUAGACCUGAGUAAACAUUAUAAAAAAGGCAAACUGAUUGUUUGGUGGGCUUUUUCUUCUUGCACAUCAACAGUAGAAGUGCUUCAACAUGAAGAUUUUUUGGGUCAAACUGGUGCUAGAACAAUGUUUACCAUCGAAUGUGACACCGGAAAAGAUAUAAGUCAGCAUUCUUAUUUUCAGUCGGAGGAAGAAAUUCUGCUUCCACCUGCAAGACAAUUCGAAGUAGUUGCCUCUUUGCAAAUGGGCCCUGAUGUUCAUGUAAUACAAUUGAAAGAAGUCAAACCUCCAAUCGUACUUUUAGAGCCUGUAUCAUUAACUCCUCGUUCGAACAAAUCCACAUCUGAGGACGCAAAAAAAGACAAACCUCAUACGGGUAUCGAUGAUGUGAAGAUCAAAGUUGAACAAAUGAAAAUUGUGCCAGAAUCCACAGCUACAACUCCUAAGACAACAAUUUGCGUACCAAAUAUUCCUGCAAACGCUAAAUGGGCAGAAAAAGGAAUCACUGUCGCUGGAGGCAAUGGAUCAGGCAAUGCAUUGAAUCAACUCCACGGCCCUUCUGGUGUCUUUGUGGAUAAUGAUCAAGUUGUUUACGUUGCUGACACCGAUAAUCAUCGGAUUGUAGAGUGGAAAGUUGGUACAACGAGUGGUCAAGUGAUCGCCGGCGGAAACGGAAAAGGAAAUAGAGCUGAUCAACUUAACUCACCGUACGAUGUGUUUGUCGACAAAGAGACCGAUAGUCUCAUUAUCUCCGAUACGCUGAACGGUCGAGUUGUACGGUGGCCUCGAGCCAAUGGGACAAUUGGAGAAACGAUUAUUGACAAUAUCUCUUGUGUCGGAGUGACUAUGGAUGAUCACAGAUCUCUUUACGUAUCCGACUGGGUCAAGCAUUUGGUGAGACAAUAUAAUAUGAGUAAAAAGACUGAGACAGUAGUGGCAGGUGAUAAUAGAGGAGGUGAUCAUCUCAAUCAACUCAAUACUAACACGUAUGUAUUUGUCGAUCAAGAUACUUCUAUCUAUGUUUCGGACAAAGAUAAUCACCGUGUGGUAAAGUGGACAAAGGGUGCGCAAGAAGGAACUAUUGUUGCUGGUGGUCAAGGGAAAGGGAAUGCGCUGACACAAUUAUCGAAUCCGCAUGCACUAUUCGUUGAUAAAUUGGGUACAGUCUACAUAGCGGAUUAUUGUAAUAGCCGAGUAAUGCGCUGGAGCAAAGGAGCAGCAUCGGGCGAUAUGAUUGUUGGUGGAACACAGUUGAGUACUCCAAGGGGAUUAUCAUUCGACCAACAUGGCAAUCUGUAUGUGGUUGACUGGGGGAAUGAUCGAGUUCAACGAUUCUCAAUUCAAAAAUGGGCAGAAAAAGGAAUCACCGUCGCAGGCGGUAAUGGGUUCGGUAAUGCAUUGAAUCAACUUAACGGGCCUUAUGGCCUCUGUGUGGACGAUGAUCAAAAUAUUUAUAUCGCUGACACCAACAAUCAUCGUAUUCUGCAGUGGAAGGCGGGUGCAGCGAAUGGUCAAGUCGUAGCCGGUGGAAACGGACCAGGAAAUGGAGCUGAUCAACUAAAUACGCCAUUCGAUAUGAUUAUCGAUAAAGAGAUGGGCACCCUCAUUAUCUGCGAUACGAUGAACCGUCGAGUAGUGCGGUGGUCUCAAACGAAUAUGACUAGUGGAGAAACGAUUAUUGAGAAUAUCUGUUGUGUUGGAUUAAUGAUGGAUGAUCGCAGAUUUCUUUAUAUAUCCGAUUGGAACGAUCAUUCGGUGAGACAAUACAGUGUAGGAAAUACGACUGGGACAGCAGUAGCGGGUGGUAAUGGAGCGGGUGACCAUCUCAAACAACUAAACAGUAACAUGUUCAUUUUUGUCGAUCAAGAUAAUUCUAUUUACGUCUCAGACUAUAAAAAUGAUCGGGUGGUAAAGUGGGCGAAGGGCGCGCACGAAGGAAUUGUUGUGGCUGGUGGUCAUGGGAAAGGGGAUGCACUGACACAAUUGUCGCAUCCCCAGGGAGUGUUCGUUGAUCAACUGGGUACAGUCUACGUAGUAGAUUAUUCUAAUCAUCGAGUGAUGCGUUGGUGUAAAGGAGCGUCAGAGGGUACUAUGAUUAUUGGUGGACAACAGUUGUGCGCUCCCAGGGGGAUUUCAUUCGAUCAGCAUGGUAAUCUGUAUUUGGCGGACUGGGGGAAUAAUCGAGUUCAACGAUUCUCAAUUCAAAAAUAA